UUGUUUUCUAGAAGGGUUUUGUUUUCUAGAAGGGUUUUGUUUUCUGGAAGAGUUUUGUUUUCUAGAAGGGUUUUGUUUUCUAGAAGGGUUUUGUUUUCUAGAAGGGUUUUGUUUUCUAGAAGAGUUUUGUUUUCUAGAAGGGUUUUGUUUUCUGGAAGAGUUUUGUUUUCUAGAAGGGUUUUGUUUUCUAGAAGAGUUUUGUUUUCUAGAAGGGUUUGGUCUUCUGGAAGGGUUUUGUUUUCUAGAAGGGUUUUGUUUUCUAGAAGGGAAGUGUGCUUAGUUCUAAUGUAA